GAAGGGGUGCAUGAACAUGGCUUGUGCUCUGUGGCCAGGGACCCCUAACACGCUGCCCCUGCCGUACAAUGCCUUGAACCCCAGCAUCAGGUUCAGCUGAGCUGCCCCCUCCCGAGUCUAGCCUUGAUACCUGUGCACCGGGAACUUUCUUUUUCCUUUCCUCUCUCCCCUCCCAAAUGUGGUCGUCAAGUUCCUGCUGUGGGAAGUGUCACGGUGAUCCACCGUGACUCUUCUGUGCCUCAUAGCUGAUCCUGUACCUUCCGGGACUGCUCCUUCUCCACAGGGACAUCACGGGAAGGGGUUACUUUCUGAGGUGUGGUGUGGAGAAUGGACACUGGUAAGCUUUAAGGCCGAGGAGACCUUCGAGCUGAGGUGUGCCAUGUUGAGUGGAGCGCAUUUAAGGGUGACGGAUGAGAGGCCAGGCUGGGCAGUGUUAGAGCCUGGGGUGCCAGAGAGGCCAGUCUUAGCAAGAGACUGGGAAAAAGAAGGGCCAUUAGCCUGAGUCCGGUGACUCGGGUCUUGGAAAAGUGUUCGGCAGACGGCCUGACUUGGCUGGAUUUAGGUAUGUCCAGUGGCAAGUUUGGACACAACCGCCAGGUCUACCAACUUCUGAUACGAAGUGUCCGGCAUCCCCACCCCCACCCCCCAUACGUUGUCAUCUGUCACUUACCUGUAUCUUCACUGAAACUGCUGAUGAACGUCCAGGUCUGUGUCUCAGGAAGAAGCCCUACGCAUGGCCUGCCAUCAGGUGCCUGUCAGAAUAUACAUCUGGAAACCUGGGCCUGAAUGUGCUCUUCAAAACACAGUACCUGCCCUUCCAGUGAAUCCAACGCCCAGAACCCCCUUUUGCCAGUCCAGAACCAGAGUUCAGGUGGGGCAGGAUAGGUUAGAGCCAGACCCACGAAGAAGCACCUGGCAUAGAGGGCAGGAGGUACAGGUCAGGAUAGAAAGAGGACCAGAAAGCUGCAGACUCACCCAACGGGUUUCCACGUGUCAGAGAAGGAAACAUCAGUGUGUCAAAAGGAGGAUGAGGGGCGCCAUUUCCAAAGUCUCCAUUAGCCCGAUCAGUCCGCUUCAGUGUCCUGACAGGUGGAGCUGGGGAGGAUGCAAGGAGCCCAGCAGAUCCUCUUGUGGAAGCAUGUGGCCGUUCUGGAGGUGGUGGUGGAGGCUGGACCUCAGAUUCUGGGGAAAGGUCCUCCCAGUGUCGCAUCCACUCACAACCUGGGUACCUAUCCCUAGGACCUCACCUGCCCCUUCCUGGGGAUGAAGUCCAGUCAGCACCUAUAGGUCACGCCUAGGGGCCACACUCUCCCCUUGGGUUCGGGCACUCCCAAAUUCCGUAGUGCGGGAUGGGGAGAACCAAGCACGGAGUCCUGCAGCCUGCCCGUCCCUCACCAGGGUCUGCGAGCUCCACGGGCGGAAACCGCUGCGUGGACGCGGCCGAGGCGUGCACAGCGGACGCGCAGUGCCAGCAGCUGCGCUCCGAGUACGUGGCCCGAUGCCUGGGCCGCCCGGCGCCGGGGGACCGGAGCGGCCCGGGGGGCUGCGCGCGUUCCCGCUGCCGCCGCGCCCUGCGCCGCUUCUUCGCCCGCGCCCCGGCGCUCACGCAGGCGCUGCUCUUCUGCCGGUGCGAGAGCCCCGCGUGCGCCGAGCGCCGGCGCCAGACCUUCGCCCCGGCCUGCGCCUUCGCGGGCCCCGGGCCGGCGCCGCCCUCCUGCCUGAAGGCCCUGGACCGCUGCGAGCGCGGCCGCCUGUGCAGGCCUCGUCUCCUUGCCUUCCAGGCCUCGUGCGCUCCCGCGCCCGGCUCCCGCGCCAGCUGCCCGGAGGAGCGGGGCCCGCAUUGUCUGCUCGCCUACGCGGGCCUCAUCGGCACCGCGGUCACCCCCAACUACCUGGACAACGUGAGCGCGCGCGUCGCGCCCUGGUGCGGCUGCGGGGACAGCGGAAACCGGUUGGAAGAGUGCGAAGCCUUCCGCCAGCUCUUUACAAGGAACCCCUGCUUGGAUGGUGCCAUGCAAGCCUUUAACACCUUGUGGCCCUCGAUUCUGCAGGAUGGGCUGAACCCCUACCAGAACACUGGGCAUCACUGCCCACAGGCAAGGUGGGGGCAUGAGUGCCUUGAGAAGAGACGGAGGCAGAAGCAGCCCCCAUUUGGUCCUCACCUAGGUGUCCCUGCUGUCCAUACUCACUGCCUUGGCUCUCCAGGCCCUGCUCUGAUUAGGAAGGCAGACCAUGGGCAACACAGCUGACCGCCACGUCUCGGGCCUACUGCUCACUGGAACGAAACUUCCUUGUCCUCGGGUCUCAUACACCUGUGUGCCUGUCCCCCGGGUGGAGGGCUGGAGGCUAAGUGUCCGACUGAAAAGCCUCUGGUUCCUGCCAGGAGGUGUCCUGGCUCUUUUCUUCUCCAUCCUUGAGAUGGUCACCUGUAGAUGAGGCCUCACUGGACCCCCGGCGCUCAGAGGGCGGGGCAGAGACUACCCCCACUCCUAGAAUUUGGAACUGCCCUCUUCCGAGCAGACAAGGCACUCAGGAGAUCACAUGGACAGACCGACAGGCAAGACUCCUUCCAGUUAGCACUGCAACCUGAAUACCCUCCCAGGCAGCCAUUGCUCACCGCUAAACCCUACCCGUGCCCCAGGACUAGCAAUGGCAUAUGACAAGCUGCCAUGUGGGCACUAAAGGGGGAGACUCAGGCCCCUCCCACUUGGCCUCCACUGGCUGCACAGCCUCGCCCCCUAUGGUUCCCCCUGCACAGCAGCUCAAUAAACCCAUGUGCACUGAGA